GGGCUAUCAUACAAUUAACAAUCACGCUUAGCAGCAUUGUCGCAAGCUUUGAAUCUAAGUAGCUACCUCCUAACACCAAAUUGCUUUCCAGUUACGCUGUUUACUAAGACAAUUAAUUCUUGCCGCAUCUUACACUCCAGCUCCAUGAGUCGUAGAGUAACGUGUCAAUUAUCCUUCCCAUUCUUCCCUCUAUAGCCACACAAAGGCCACAACUAAGCCUCUUCAAGCUCAAAACGUGCUUCUAUAGGAACAGCAUGACGAUGGAGAAACCCCUCAAGAGACCUCGAUUGUCCUUUGCUACCAGCGCAGAUGAUGAGCCAGGUGAUAUAGACCUACAAGAAGCCCGCGCGCAAAACGAUCAACGACUCAAAUCGAUUUUCGAGGGUAUUUUCGAAAAAUACGGCAAAGACUUUACGGAUGUGGGAGAUGAAAUCGAUUUACAAACCGGAAAGAUAGUGGUGGAUAACGGACAUAUUCAAGCAAUGCAAGAAGAAGACGAUACUGGCGAAGAAGCCCCGUGGCUGUUUGACACGGAAAAUUCCGCACUAGACGAUGCAGCUACGAUGCACAAUAUCUCUCAAUACUCGGAAACAGGGGUUGGUGGUGACCUUUUGGAAGAGGAUAACACAUAUCUUCAACACCCACAAGUAGCAACGCAGCUUCAAGCCGGGUCAGGCUUCGGUGGGCCUUGGGAGAGCAGAGAAAGUGAGGCGUCGAGCGCCGAGUCCGAUGUCGACGAAGAUAGGUCUAGUGUGGAUUCUUUGUUGGAUACAGCACUAAGUGUCCAGAAUGGCCCGGACGAUCCCGUUCGGCAAAAAAACCUGAUGGAUACUGACGAGGCCGUCACAAAAAAAGCAAAACCUACGGCUGAGACAUCCACCCAAUCUCAAAUCCUGCAGAAACACAGCUCUAUAGAAGCGGUGGAUUCGGUGUGGCGCGUCCCUGAAAUUAGCGGCAAAUUCUCUACGCCUCCAUUGAGCAGAUCACGACCAACGGUUUCUUUUAAUGUCGUACGGUCCGCAUCUCCACCCGGAGCAGGUUCUAUCUGGGCACUGCCCGGGAAGUCCAGGCGUAACACCAGCAUUACGCAAAAGAGAUCUGCAAAGAAACACGAAAGCAGCCAACGCAGAUGGAAGCCUCAAUCUAGUCCGAUUAUGUGCGACUGGUCUUUCGCACAGACACCGGAUGGAAACGAAUCCGACGAUCCCUUACAGGAAAACUAUCAGCCGUCACCUACGCCGAAGGGGGGGCUAAAGAUUAGAGGCAGAGUAGGACCAGAUACUCCGAGUCGCAGGAAGGAUCUAGUUGAUGACCGCAACGUGUCUCCUCUGCGAGGUGAUCAUGCCUCUCGGCUCCGCCAGACUUCAUUCAACUCCGCAGAAGAUCAGCGCAACACUACGGAAGCAGCAAAUCAACUAGAGGCCACCGUUAACAAAGUGGCUUUGGAUACGCAGCUUGUAACCACGAGUGAUACUAAAAUUCAUGAUAUCUCGCCUGAAGUUACACACGACCCAAAAAUCAUACCGACUGGGUAUCAACCCAAACCCCAGGACUCCACUAGCCCCAGCAAGCGUACCAGAACGACUAUUACACCAGAUGAAGCGAGACUAAUUGUGGUUUUGAAACAAGUGCAGGGGAAAAAAUGGAAGGAAAUUAUAGACCGUUUACCGUGGAAGAAGCUGCCGCAACUUGUCCAAUGGAAUCACUUACACUGGAAUGAGCGCCGGGCGAACCCACCUCCACUGUCCAAGCCUUGGUCGAGUACAGAGCGAGAGACUCUCCAUGACCUCAAGGACGAACGCGGCCUUGCAUGGCAUGCAGUACGCGCAAGAUUGCCGGGGCGAUCUAUCGCGGAGAUAGAAUUUGAGCUCCUGAGACUCUGGGUGGGCGAUGAUGUUUGGAACACCGAACAACAGGAUGGGACUGCAGCAUCUUUCACCAUGGAUCAGUGAUUAGAUGGAUCCGAGGUCCUCUGUUCUGAGCCACAGCACAGCCUCUCAACAGGAGCGGCGAGGAUCCGGGCCACAAGAUCCGUCAGGCUGCCCCACGGCACCCUACUUAGGAAGUCAUUCAUAAUCUAAUAUAAAGGCGAAUCAGUCGACUCUCAUUUCCUGAGGUCUCGAACGUCGUGGGGCAUUCCAACCUGCAGCUGAAACCCAGCAAGUGAAGCAUGCUAGCAUAAGAUCAGGUAUUACCGGUCACUG